CUCAUGACAACCGGUUUUUGGCCUGCGGGCCCACCAGCUGAUUGUCAACAAACAAACGUCAGCCACAAACCGGAUUGAAAUCAAAACAAACCAGAAAACAAAAAAAGGCUAUUUAAUCGUAGUGUUUAAUUAUUUCUAAACCAUCAAGCUAGCAUUAGACGCGCACCAUGUGGCCACUGAUUAUGCAAUUCAUGCGGUCCAACGCUGCCUACAUCACGCUCCCGAUAGCCACAUUAGUUGGCGUGAUAGGGUACAACAUCGAGAGUCUCCUUUCCGACAAAUAUACUCCAUACAGCCCUUCCAUCCAGGAGAAGCGAGCAGAACGAAUUACGGACGACGAGAGGCUGAAAGCGGCGACCGAUGUGGAAAAGCUAGUCUACAAGGAGAAUGUACUUGGGCGAAAUCUUUCGCCUUCACUAGAGAAAGGAAAGUAGAAUUAGAAAGAGCUGCUUGUUAAGUUUGUAGUCGUACGAGGAAAAUAUGCAAUAAACCUGAGCGUCCAUAACAAGGUAAAGGUA